UGAGAUUCCGGGCUCCUGGCGCCUCCCGAUCGCCGGCUGCGGCGCGGCGCUGCUUCGUCCAGGAGGCGGCGGCCGGGCUGGCUGUGUGGCUUGUGGAUUUUUAAAAAUUUGGCUCCGAGGAGGACCAUUUCCUCUCGACAUGCAUCUCUCCGGAUAGACUGAACAUCCCUCGGUCCGUCCCCCGCCCCGCGCGGUCAGAGGCAGGCGCUGGGUGUGCGAAGAGGAUCCGGGUUGAAAUCUGCGCCCCUGGUUCUCGUCCCCGCCGCGUCCCACCGCCUCCUCCCCCUCCCGGAGUCGAAAUUUCCCGGGGAUUAUGUUUCGGAAAGGAACCCGGCGAGGAAAUACAUGCACUCGCUGAGAAUCGCCCGCGCCAGGGCGCAACGCCACCAGGUGUAGGGAGUGUGUGGCGUGGGGCGAGAGGGGACCCAGGACUCCCCGUGGCUCGGAGCGCCCGGCCGUGGGCUCUUCAUUCCUGCCCUCGGGGCAGAGGGAGUGACCCGGCCCCCACUCCCCGCCCCGACCAUGGUAGUGUUCAAUGGCCUUCUUAAGAUCAAAAUCUGCGAGGCCGUGAGCUUGAAGCCCACAGCCUGGUCGCUGCGCCAUGCGGUGGGACCCCGGCCGCAGACUUUUCUUCUCGACCCUUACAUCGCCCUCAACGUGGACGACUCGCGCAUCGGCCAAACGGCCACCAAGCAGAAGACCAACAGCCCGGCCUGGCACGACGAGUUCGUCACCGAUGUGUGCAACGGGCGCAAGAUCGAGCUGGCCGUCUUUCACGAUGCCCCCAUCGGCUACGACGACUUCGUGGCCAACUGCACUAUCCAGUUCGAGGAGCUGCUGCAGAACGGGAGCCGCCACUUCGAGGACUGGAUUGAUCUGGAGCCAGAAGGAAGAGUGUAUGUGAUCAUCGAUCUCUCGGGGUCGUCAGGUGAAGCCCCUAAGGACAAUGAAGAGCGUGUGUUCAGGGAACGCAUGCGGCCGAGAAAGCGGCAGGGAGCCGUCAGGCGCAGGGUCCACCAGGUCAAUGGCCACAAGUUCAUGGCCACCUACCUUCGGCAGCCCACCUACUGCUCCCACUGCAGAGAUUUUAUCUGGGGUGUCAUAGGAAAGCAGGGAUACCAGUGUCAAGUUUGCACUUGCGUGGUCCACAAGCGAUGUCAUGAGCUCAUAAUUACGAAGUGUGCUGGAUUAAAGAAACAGGAAACUCCCGACGAGGUGGGCUCCCAGCGGUUCAGUGUCAACAUGCCCCACAAGUUCGGUAUCCACAACUACAAGGUCCCCACCUUCUGCGACCACUGUGGGUCCUUGCUCUGGGGCCUCUUGCGGCAGGGUUUGCAGUGUAAAGUCUGCAAAAUGAAUGUUCACCGUCGAUGUGAGACCAACGUGGCUCCCAACUGUGGAGUGGAUGCCAGAGGAAUCGCCAAAGUGCUGGCUGACCUGGGUGUCACUCCAGACAAGAUCACCAACAGUGGCCAGAGGAGGAAAAAGCUCAUUGCUGGUGCUGAGUCUCCGCAGCCUGCUUCUGGAAGCUCCCCGUCUGAGGAAGAUCGAUCCAAGUCAGCACCCACGUCCCCUUGUGACCAGGAAAUAAAAGAACUUGAAAACAACAUCCGGAAGGCUUUGUCAUUUGACAACCGAGGGGAGGAGCACCGGGCAGCAUCGUCCACUGAUGGCCAACUGGCAAGCCCUGGAGAGAAUGGUGAAGUCCGGCAGGGUCAGACCAAGCGCUUGGGCCUGGAUGAGUUCAACUUCAUCAAGGUGUUGGGCAAAGGCAGCUUUGGCAAGGUCAUGCUGGCGGAACUCAAGGGCAAAGAUGAAGUAUAUGCUGUGAAGGUCUUAAAGAAGGACGUCAUCCUUCAGGAUGAUGAUGUGGACUGCACGAUGACAGAGAAGAGGAUUUUGGCUCUGGCACGGAAACAUCCAUACCUAACCCAACUCUAUUGCUGCUUCCAGACCAAGGACCGCCUCUUUUUCGUCAUGGAAUAUGUAAAUGGUGGAGACCUCAUGUUCCAGAUUCAGCGCUCCCGAAAAUUCGAUGAGCCCCGUUCACGGUUCUACGCUGCAGAGGUCACGUCAGCCCUCAUGUUCCUCCACCAGCAUGGGGUCAUCUACAGGGAUUUGAAACUGGACAACAUUCUUCUGGAUGCAGAAGGUCACUGUAAGCUGGCUGACUUCGGGAUGUGCAAGGAAGGAAUUCUGAAUGGCGUGACGACCACCACGUUCUGUGGGACCCCUGACUACAUAGCUCCUGAGAUCCUGCAGGAGUUGGAGUACGGCCCCUCAGUGGACUGGUGGGCCCUGGGGGUGCUGAUGUACGAGAUGAUGGCUGGGCAGCCCCCCUUUGAGGCUGACAAUGAGGACGACCUAUUUGAAUCCAUUCUCCAUGAUGACGUGCUAUACCCGGUCUGGCUCAGCAAGGAGGCCGUCAGCAUCCUGAAAGCUUUCAUGACCAAGAACCCCCAUAAGCGUCUGGGCUGCGUGGCUGCGCAGAAUGGCGAGGACGCCAUCAAGCAGCACCCGUUCUUCAAGGAGAUUGACUGGGUGCUCCUGGAGCAGAAGAAAAUCAAGCCGCCCUUCAAGCCACGAAUUAAAACCAAAAGAGACGUCAAUAACUUUGACCAAGACUUUACCCGGGAGGAGCCGGUACUCACGCUUGUGGACGAAGCGAUUGUGAAGCAGAUCAACCAGGAGGAAUUCAAAGGCUUCUCCUACUUUGGUGAAGACCUGAUGCCCUGAGAAGCCACUCUAGGGACAGUUCGCUGAUGCUGCAAGAAGGGGUGCCGAGAAGAUUCCUGUGUUCCUGAGGCUCAGAAGGUCUUGAACUGCUUCUCUUCCCCGGAGCCCCAGUCCUGUCCACCCUCUAUUUAUUGCAACCCCUUCCCCCAGCCACCCCCCACCUGGUGACCAGAAGGCACACUCAGUUCUCAUGGUCGCACCCGUCAUGCACACUCGCAUUGAGUCAGCAGUUAGCUGUGCUCGCUGCCGUGUCUGGACUGUUGCCAGGCCUGGUUCCACUCCUCUGGGGCGCCUGGCAGUGAAGCAACUUCAGUUCUUUUACCACAAAGAAAAAAAAGCAAACAAGAAGACCCUGGCUCUGCUGCUGGACAUAGAUCCCGACACCUCUCUCUUCUCAUUCCUCCUGUCCCCCGGCUUGCCAUCCUGCCCUUUGGUCCAGGGGGAGAGACUGGUGCUUCCACAUGAGGGAGGACACCCUCGAGGCGUGCCCUAUGCCAGAGGGAGAUGGGACACGCACAGAUCGGCUAGCUGUGUUGGUUUGCUCCAGAAUGGCUAAUUUCUUGCUUGGUUUGGUUUUAGCUUUUGAGCAUGCCAAAGUCAUGUAAGUUUGUAUCUCAUAGAAGAAAUCACUCUUUGUAGAAAAAGAAAUUUGAUUUUGAACUCUGUUAACAUUUGAAUAUAUAUUGCCAAAUUUGUUUUCUAAUUGGUCAAAAGAUAUAAAUUUCAACAUGAACACAGGUAGACAUUAAAGGGCUAAUAUACAGUGAGAAACCAGUUGUCCCAGGUUAAUGCUAUCCAUGCUUCAGUGGCAUACGAGGGCUAUAUGAAUCGAGAGAAAAGGAAACAAGUAAUGUAGUGCUCCUCGUUUUUAAAGUUCUACCAGACAGAGGCCAUCGCAGUGAUGGCCAAGACCUGGGUUCUAGCAAAACUCAGCUCCUAAAUUCUCUUUCCACUUCCAUCCUCUGUUUCCAGCAUAAACACUAUUUGUUUUCUACAGCAGUGUGUCAUUUUUGCACACUUCUAUAAAAUGGUAGUACUAUUGUGUUGUAGUUUUUAAACAUUAAACAUGUAAUGUUAAAUACGAAAUAUCUGCUUUUAGAACAAGCAGAGUGAGGCCAAACAUGGGUCAUGCAGAGGGCACCCGGAGACCGAAGAGCAACUUGUUUGAAAACUGGCAGUGUGGCAAGAUGUACUCAGAGUUUGGCUUCUGUGUGACACAUAAUGGCAACUCAUGUGGACACUAUUUAAUGGAUGUGAUGUUACCUCCUGUAGAUAUGCUAACAGUGUUACAUUCUUUAAUUUCCAAGGGUUUUCUGUGGCUUUGUGUAUAUGUUUCCCAGAGGUCAUUUGAUUACCUAUUUUACCGAACUGAUUUAGCAGGGAAUGGAAUCCAUUCCAACUAUUGCACGUGGAUUUCCCAGCUGACCCUAAAUAUAUAUACUUGUGAGUGGCAAAGUGGCACUAUGAAGCUUUUUGCCUUUUGUACAUUUGAGAUUUUUGUAUAUAGUGUUUGCUGCAAGGCCUGUGGAAUUAAUUCAUUGAAUAUAGAGGUAUCAACUGCUGCAUGUUCAGGCAUAUUAUAAAACUUUAGUCUAUGAAAGAAUAAUUAUAAUAAUGUCCAGGUGCAAUACUCUGUAAGUGUAUUGGUUCAAGUUACCGAGAGAUAGGUGUGUUCCUUUUGGGGGGUGAGGUGUCCUUUGUAUUGUUUAUUUCAUUUUGGUUUAUUUUAAAAGAUGUAAACAUAUAUUAAGCUAUAUUAAAUCUCACAUAUAGUUCUCCUGUGCUCUAUUAUGUCCUGAUAGAGAUAGGGGAAAGAAAGGAAUGUUUUCGAUGGUGGUUUCAAAGCUUGGACAGUGACAAUUUUGAGCCCAUGGAGAGUGUGUCCAUAUUUGCAUCCGGCUGGUCAUAGCCUUUGUUACUAAUGAUGACAUUCAGUUCUCUUUUGUUUUUACUUUUAAAAAACUCAGGUGUAAUUAUUAUCUGUUCUUAUAAUAAUUGCAAAUAUUAAAUAUUAUGCUCUAUCAGUUCAUGUGUUUGGCUUACCAGUGAAGUGAUGAAGAACAUUAGGUUAAUUUAAUUUAUCUUUGGUAACUUGACAUACUGGGGAGAGACUAUCUUCUGGAGUUGAGUACAAGCACAGAAACAUCUUCACGGUGGCAUCAUCUCAUUUUUUAGGAAGACAUGACGAUACUGCCCAUCCUGCUCAUGCACAACUACUGCUCUCUCUUUUUCUUCUGCUUCCUUCACCAUGAUGAACUUCGGACUAUCAAGCAAGCUCUGACUGCAAUGCCAGAAGGCCUUGUCCAGGGGCUUGGUAGUGCGUGGCAGCAGAGGUUGGGCCCUUCCUGCAGGACAACUGGCUUUUUUGCUGGGAAGCCAAAUAAUACAUUCCACCCGGCAGCUCUAGGCUGUCUGUCCUCCUGGCCCAGAGAGGCUCCCUUCAGCACCCAAAGUCAGGCUGGCUGGGAUGCCCCCGGCUGAUGAAGCUCUCACGUGGGCCAAUUUAAAUCCAGCAUGGGCUGUAGAAAAGGCUUGUGUGUUCCUUGAGUAUUCUUUGUUUCAUUUUCAUUUUCACAAGGGUUUGGAAGCGGCCACACUGUUACAUUUCAGCCAAUUCUUUCUAAUCUUUUCAUCUCUCUUUCUCAAGAAAAAAAGAGUGCAAAAAAAAAAAAAAAAAAAACCAAAAAAAUAUAUGAAGGAUAGCUGUUCUCCUGUGUUCUCUUAUUAUAGACUUUGUGAAGUGGAAACAUAACUUUUUCCUCCAAAGGUGAAAAAACAAUGCAUUCUUGCUUUUAAAAUCAAAAAAGAAGAAGGCUAAAAAAAUUACCUCUUUUUAAAUUAUGUGCAAAU